AUGUCCUCCCUGUUUGAUGCCGUGCUCCAGUCCGAGCUGGGCUCUGGGUCGGGCGCCCGUGAACACCUGCGAUCCGAUCACCUUCCCAGCUCUAGACGAUCCGAGUCCAAUGGCCCUAUGAGUGACAUGAAUGCAUUCCCCGAUGAUCAAGUCGUCGGCGCAGGCUCCUCAGCAGCAGGAGAGAAGGUGCAGCAAGCAUUCCAGGAGCUGUUAGAAACUUUCAUGGAAGAGCCUUCAUCAUCGGCUCCACCAUCAUCAGGUGAAGUUUUGAGUGACAAGUACUAUAUCGCCCAAAUUAAGGGCAUGAAAAAAUUCGAACUGUCAACCCUUUAUGUGGAUUUCACCCACUUGACUUCAUUGGAAAAUCCUAUUUUGGCCGACGCCAUCGCUAGCCAAUACUACCGCUUCCUCCCCUUCCUGACUAAAGCCCUCCACAACCUGGUCGCCAAAUAUGAGCCUGAAUAUUUUGUUUCGCAUCGCUUGGCCUCCACCGCCUCGACCCACUCCAGUGCCUCCGUAGCUUCUGCGUACGCCAACGUUUCUGAUAACCCGGACUUGGAACGUCAGAUUCACCAGAAGACUCGUCACCAACAGACCGAUAAAUUGUUUGCGCUUGCUUUUUACAACCUCCCCUUGGUCUCCCGACUUCGCCAAUUGCGCACAUCUCAGAUCGGAAAGCUUCUCUCAGUCUCUGGAACAGUGACAAGAACAUCCGAGAUCCGACCGGAAUUAUCGCUGGGUACCUUCAUUUGCGAAGGUUGCAAAACUGUGGUACCGAACGUGGAACAGACCUUCAAGUACACCGAGCCGACAGAGUGCCCUAACGAAACCUGUGGUAACCGCAAUGGCUGGCGCUUGGAUAUCGGCAAGAGUACCUUUGUUGAUUGGCAGAAAGUGAAACUUCAGGAAUCAUCUCACGAGAUUCCGACCGGUAGCAUGCCCCGUACAAUGGAUGUUAUUCUGCGUGGUGAGAUGGUUGACCGCUCCAAGGCUGGUGAGCGCUGCAUUUUCACUGGUACCUUGAUUGUCGUCCCCGAUGUCAGCCAGCUGGGACUUCCUGGUGUGCGACCUGAAGCAGUUCGCGACAACAGCUCUUUCCGUGGUAGCGAAAUCGGUGGUGGCGGUGUCUCAGGCUUGAAGGCUUUGGGUGUCCGUGAUCUGACCUACCGACUUGCUUUCCUCGCAUGCAUGGUUACUCCUGAUACCACUACUCCGGGUCAGAAGCCCGAGCAGCAGCUCAGUGGCCAGUCUAACAACAUUCUGGCUUCUCUGAACCAAAAUGUUGAUCCCGAUAUGAGUGAUGACAAGGCUCAGGAAGCCUUCCUUCAAAGCCUGACUCCCACUGAGGUCCAGGAUUUGAAGACCUUGGUACACUCAGAAUACAUCUACUCGCGAUUGGUCGACUCAAUCGCUCCUAUGAUUUGGGGUCACCGUCAGAUUAAGAAGGGUCUGUUGCUUCAGUUAAUUGGUGGUGUGCCUAAGAAGACCUCGGCAGAGAGUCUUCAGCUGCGUGGUGACAUCAACAUUUGUAUUGUUGGUGAUCCCUCCACGAGUAAGAGUCAGUUCCUGAAGUACAUCUGCUCUCUGCACCCCCGCGCAGUCUACACCAGUGGUAAAGCCUCGUCUGCGGCUGGUUUGACAGCUUCCGUUGUGAAGGACGCAGAGACUGGCGAAUUCACCAUUGAAGCUGGUGCGCUGAUGUUGGCCAAUGGAGGUGGUAUCUGUGCCAUCGACGAGUUCGACAAGAUGGACAUUGCCGAUCAAGUUGCUAUCCACGAAGCCAUGGAACAGCAGACCAUCUCGAUCGCGAAGGCUGGCAUUCACACCACUCUCAACGCCCGUGCUUCCAUCCUCGCAGCCGCCAACCCUAUCGGUGGUCGCUACAACCCGAAGCUUACUCUCCGUCAGAACCUGAACUUCAGCGCGCCCAUUAUGAGUCGUUUCGAUGUGUUCUUCGUCGUUCGUGACGAGCCCAAGGAGCAUGUCGACCGCAACCUGGCGGAGCACAUUGUCAAUGUUCACAUGAACCGUGACGAGGCUGUCGAGCCUGAGCUGAGCACUGAGCAACUGCAGCGCUACAUUCAGUUCGCACGCACUUUCCGCCCCACAUUCUCCGAUGAGGCCAAGGCCCUCCUGGUGGAGAAGUACAAGGAGCUGCGUGCUAACGAUGCUCAGGGUGGUAUGGGUCGUUCAUCGUACCGUAUCACCGUUCGUCAGCUGGAGUCUUUGAUCCGUCUUUCAGAGGCCGUCGCCAAGGCAAACUGUGUUGAGGAAAUCACACCCAAGUUCGUCCUUGAGGCCUUCGAUCUUCUCCGUCAAAGUAUCGUGACUGUUGAGAAGGACGAUGUCGAGAUGGAUGAUGAAGCAGUUCCCGCCGGCGGUGCUGAUGAGGAUCAGGAAAUGGCCGACCGUGAUCGUGAGGGUGACAGCCCUAUGCGUGAGGAUGGAGAAGAGCCUGCGCCUCAGCCUCAGCCUGAGCGCACUAAGACCAAGAUCACCUACGAUAAGUACGCCAAGAUCUUGAACUUGCUUGUGCGUCGUGUGCGUGAGGAUGAAGUCAACCAAGGUGAAGGUGUUGAGCAGGAGGAUUUGAUCUUGUGGUACCUGGAGCAAAUUGAGUCCGAAAUGGACACCCAAGAAGACUACAUUCGUGAGCGCGACCUCGUGGUUAAGGUUCUGAAGCGUAUGGUCAAGGAACUCGUUCUGCUCCGCGUUGAAUCUGAAUUGAUGGACGACAGCAACGGCACACAGGAGAGUGUAGACAGGAUCCUGUAUGUGAUGCAUCCCAACUGUGCAUUCGAGGAGAUGUAA